AUGUGUGCGAGGAGGAGCUCGACGAGCUCGUCCCCAACCCUUUCUACGCUGACCCUGCCGCCCCUGCGAGCAAGAACAGCGGCUCCUCCUCCUCUCCAACUGAGGAGGAGGAGGAGGAGGAGGAGGAGGAGGAGGAGGAGGAGGAGGAGGAGGAGGAGGAGGAGGAGGAGGAGGAUGAGGAGGAGGAGGAAGAGGAGGAGGAGGAGGAGGAGGAGGAGGAGGGAGGAGGAGGAGGAGGAGGAGGAGGAGGAGGAGGAGGAGGAGGAGGAGGAGGGGGGGGACACGGAGGAGGAGGAGGAUGAGGAGGGCGAGGAGGAAGGCGGUGCGGAGGUGGAGGGUGGAGUGGGAUGGGAGGACGAUGGCGAUGAGUGGUGGGCAGAAGGGCGAUAUGAUGGGGAGGAGGUGGAGGUUUGGGUUGCGGGACAGGCUUAG